AUGCUCCGCAGAUCCUUCCAUAGCUCUGUGGCUAAAAAAAACGGUGCAAAAAUCUGGUCAGACUUUUCUAACAGAAAACCUUCGCUUUCCAUUGCAAAUUCCAAAGUGAAAUCGUACAUAUUGGAAGGAAGCUCACAGCAGGGACCGCCAUCGAUUAGAAGAAGAUCUAAUAGGAUAAAAUAUCAAUCCCCAGAAAAUAUCGACGAAACUUUCAAAACCUGCUACGAAUUUUUGGAAACCAGAGCUGCUUCGAAAUAUGCCGCUUUAGAGCAGGAAAAAGACGCUUCUAAGCGUCUGGAAUUGGCCGUGGAUGCCGAACGUUAUAACCCAGAAGUCCUGUACAAUUUCCAGUACAAUGAUAAACUAGAAAACAACCCCAGCGUAAUCGAUUACAAUGUGCCUGUGUAUAGACGUUUGGGCCGUGAACAUUGGGAAUCAUAUGGCCAAAUGUUAUUGAUGCAAAGAUUGGAGACGCUUGCAGCAAUCCCUGACACGCUGCCAACGCUAGUUCCCAAAGUGGAGGUAAGUUUGAAAUUUCCAUUUUCAACCGGUGUGAACAAAUGGGUGGAACCAGGUGAAAUUCUCUCCUCCAACGCGACAAGCUUCCCGCCACAGAUCAAAAUACAAGAGUAUGACGAUGUCGAUCCGGCCACACAGCUAUACACGGUGCUUUUGGUCAAUCCUGAUGAGCCUAACAUGGACAACAAUUCUUUCAAGACUACUCUUCAGUAUGGGCUGGUGAACCUAAAAGUGGACUUUAACAACAAUACUGUCGAUGCUCGUAUUUUCACCAAGGACAAUGUCCUUGCGCCCUACUUACCACCAGUCCCAGAGAAAAAUGCUGGGACACAAAGAUUCGUUUUGUGGCUGUUCAGACAGCAGAAUUCCGCACAAGUGCCAUUGGACAACAACUCCAACCGGGACAACUUCGACAUACGCCGAUUUGUGCAUGAUCAUAAGCUGCAAGCGGUUGGUGCACAUCUGUGGAGAAGUCAAUGGGACAACAAUGUGAGCAACGUAAGGAACAAGUACGGUUUGCCAGAGGGUCGGGUUUUCCACCGCGUGAGGAGAGCUUAG